AUGAUGAGGCAUUGGCAAGCUCCCUCCUGUCUCCUCGUGCUCCUCUUCGUCCUCGUCUCCUCCGAGGCUUCCACUCUAGAGGACACAUGCAAGUCCGUCGGCGCAAGCAAGAAGGACAUCGGCUACGACUACUGCAUCAAGUUCUUCCAGGGCGACAGCGCCAGCGCCACCGCGGACAGGCACGGCCUCGUCGUCAUCGCCACUAAGAUCACCCGAGGAGAGGCCGCGAACACCCGCAAGCGCAUCGAUGCCCUCAAGGCCUCGGUGACGGACAAGAAGGUCAGCGGGCGCCUCUCCGACUGCCGGAUGCACUACACGGCGGCGCUGAAAUGGCUCGAAGCCGCCGCGGAGGGCGUCAAGUCGGGUAAUUUGCAGGACGCGAAGACGAACCUCACGGCCGUGAUAUUGGGCACGGACACCUGCGAGGAAAGGUUCCGCGAGCUGGGCGUCGUGUCGCCGCUGGCCGCCGAGGACGCUGAGUUCUCCAAGGGCUGCUCCAUCGCGCUCGCCAUAACCACCAUGUUGUAG